AUGAACUAUAUGGAAACACUACUUAAUUUAUAUGACAUACAAACAAUGAGAUUUAAACGUUCUGUACCAACGGAAGAAUCAAAUUCUACCUCCCAUUCCAUCAAUCACUCAAUAGAACCUACAUCAAAAAUUUCUGCUAAUGCUUCGGCUCAAAGAAGAGCAGCAGAGGCAAUCAAAACAGUCGAACAAAAAAUUUAUAAAUUUGAAUAG